CCUGGCAUCGGGAAUUCUGACCCGUGGGUUUUUUUGGGUUUUUUGGGAACGCAGGUGAACGGCGUGAACGUGGUGAAGGUGGGGCACAAGCAGGUGGUGGCGCUGAUCCGGCAGGGCGGGAAUCACCUCCUGAUGAAAGUCGUGUCCGUCAGCCGCAAGCCGGAAGUCGAGGAGGGCGGCCGCAAAAAGGCUCCGCCGCCUCCCAAGAGAGCUCCCAGCACCACCCUCACGCUGCGCUCCAAAUCCAUGACGGCCGAGCUGGAGGAGCUGGCCUCCAUGCGGAGAAGGAAAGGGGAGAAGCUGGAUGAGAUCCUGGCGGCCGCGGAGCCGGCGCUGAGGGCGGAGCUGGUGGAGGCCGAUUCCAGGGCGGCGACGUCCCUGUUUGAGCGCCAGGGAAUGGCGCAUCCCGGGGUCCUGGCAGGAACGGAGAAGCCCCACGUGUCCCUCCGGAAGGGAAUUCCACGGACCAAGUCUGUAGGGGAAGACGAGAAACUGGCCGCGUCCUUGCUGGACGGGAAGUUCCCGCGGAGCACCUCCAUGACGGACACGCCUCCACCGCCGCCGGGCCGGGCUUACGACACCAUCCGCUCCAGCUUCAAGCCGGGCUUGGAAGCCAAACUCCACGGGCUGCCGCAGGUGCUGAGCGCGGCCGAGAUGUACGACCAGGCGCGGGGCUCCAUGCCCUACCCCGAGAGGCAGAAGAGGGCCCGCUCCAUGAUAAUCCUCCAGGAUUCCUCCCACCUCCCCGUGGAACCCACCGAGAUCCCCCGGCCCGGCCCAGCGGUGACGCCACCGGAGAAGCUCAAGAGGAAGGGCCGGGUCAUUGACAACCCCUACGCCAACAUGGGCCAGUUCAACGUCAGCCUCUUCGCCCCCACCAAGCCGCAGAGGAAGAAGAGUCCCCUGGUCAAGCAGCUCCAGGUGGAGGAUGCCCAGGAACGGGCGGCCUUGGCCAUCACCGGUGGCUACUCCUCCCGGGAGCCGUCGCCCACGCGCCGGAGCCACCGCCUGGAAUACCAGCACCACCCCGGCAUCGCUCAGGUGGAAGCCGCCGGCCUCCCCUUCGCCACCGCCAUCGCCGCCGGCGUCAUGAAGGACCGGGACCGGCGGCUGGACGAGCGGAGGAAAUCCACGGUGUUCCUGUCGGUGGGAGCCAUCGAGGGGCCGGCGCCGGGCGGCAGCGAGAUGCCGUCGUUGCAGCAGUCACGCUCCAUCGAUGAGCGGCUCCUGGGCAGCCGGGAUGUCCUCCUGCCGUCCCCCGUGUCAGCUUUAAAGCCAUUAAUCAGCAGCUCCUCCUCGACCUUCAUCCACCCCCUGACGGGAAAGCCCCUGGAUCCCAACUCGCCCCUGGCGCUGGCGCUGGCCGCAAGGGAACGGGCGCUGUCCACUCAAGUCCCAUCCCGGUCGCCCACCCCGAUCCACAGCCCCGACUCGGACAGAGCCGCGCCCCUGUUUGUGGACAUCCAAACCAAAGAACCGGACAGGGGGGACUUGGAGAGCUUGGUGUCCCCCGCCUACUCCCCCGGAGGGAAGGCGGUGAUGGCGGCCGAUGCCGGCGCUCUGACCCCCACCAAGAGCCCCUGGGGGACUCCAACCACCCUGAGGAAGGAGCCCGAGGUGCGAGCGGAGACGCCGGGCAAGGAGGAGAAGAAACCCGAGGACAAGAAGUCCAUGAUCAUCAGCAUCGUGGACACGUCGCAGCAGAAGACCGCCGGCCUCAUCAUGGUCCACGCCACCAGUAACGGUCAAGACGAGAUCGGCCUGGAGAUCAAAGAGGAGAGCCCGGCCGUGCCCGAGGUCUGUGCGGAGCCGGUCGAGUCCCCCAAGGCCGAGCCCCAGCCCAGCCCUGUGGGGAAGCCGCCGGCCAGCCCGGCCUCGGAGAAGGCGCUGGGCCAGGGCAGCUCGGAGGAGGAGGUGGAGCCCUACACGGUGACCCUCCCGCCGGCCCAGCUGUCCUCCAGCGACGAGGAGACCCGCGAGGAGCUGGCCAAGAUCGGGCUGGUGCCACCCCCGGAUGAAUUCGCCAACGGGGUGCUGGUGACCACCCCCGGCACCCCCGUGAGCCACCUGGCCGCGCCCGGCGCGCCGUCCCUGCCAGCGGCAGCAGUAGCACCUUCUCCCCCCGGCGCGACACCCUCAGGGAAGCCCUCGGACGCCCCCGCGGCCCCGGAGUCGGCGGCGGACUCGGGAGUGGAAGAGGUGGACACCAGGAGCUCCAGCGACCACCACCUGGAGACCACGAGCACCAUCUCCACGGUCUCCAGCAUGUCCACGCUGUCCUCGGAGAGCGGCGAGCCCACCGACACCUACACGUCCUUCGCCGACGGCCAAACUUUUCUACUCGAGAAGCCACCAGUGCCUGAACCGCUCUUCCGAUCUAAGCCCAAACUCAAGUCCCAGCUCAGCAAGGGGCCGGUUACUUUCAGGGACCCACUUUUGAAGCAGUCUUCGGACAGCGAGCUCAUCUCCCAGCACCACGCGGCCACGCUGGCGGCCACCAGCGCGGCCCGGCCACGCUACCUCUUUCAGAGAAGGUCCAAGCUAUGGGGCGACCCCAUGGAGAGCAGGCCCGGCCACGGGGCCGAAGAGGACAAACCAACUGUGAUCAGCGAGCUGAGCUCCCGCCUCCAGCAGCUCAACAAGGACACGCGCUCCUUGGGCGAGGAACCGGCCGGCUCCGCCCUGGAUCCCGGCAAGAAGUCGCCGGUGGUGGCCGCACGGUUGUCAGCUUUAAAGCCAUUAAUCAGCAGCUCCUCCUCGACCUUCAUCCACCCCCUGACGGGAAAGCCCCUGGAUCCCAACUCGCCCCUGGCGCUGGCGCUGGCCGCAAGGGAACGGGCGCUGUCCACUCAAGUCCCAUCCCGGUCGCCCACCCCGAUCCACAGCCCCGACUCGGACAGAGCCGCGCCCCUGUUUGUGGACAUCCAAACCAAAGAACCGGACAGGGGGGACUUGGAGAGCUUGGUGUCCCCCGCCUACUCCCCCGGAGGGAAGGCGGUGAUGGCGGCCGAUGCCGGCGCUCUGACCCCCACCAAGAGCCCCUGGGGGACUCCAACCACCCUGAGGAAGGAGCCCGAGGUGCGAGCGGAGACGCCGGGCAAGGAGGAGAAGAAACCCGAGGACAAGAAGUCCAUGAUCAUCAGCAUCGUGGACACGUCGCAGCAGAAGACCGCCGGCCUCAUCAUGGUCCACGCCACCAGUAACGGUCAAGACGAGAUCGGCCUGGAGAUCAAAGAGGAGAGCCCGGCCGUGCCCGAGGUCUGUGCGGAGCCGGUCGAGUCCCCCAAGGCCGAGCCCCAGCCCAGCCCUGUGGGGAAGCCGCCGGCCAGCCCGGCCUCGGAGAAGGCGCUGGGCCAGGGCAGCUCGGAGGAGGAGGUGGAGCCCUACACGGUGACCCUCCCGCCGGCCCAGCUGUCCUCCAGCGACGAGGAGACCCGCGAGGAGCUGGCCAAGAUCGGGCUGGUGCCACCCCCGGAUGAAUUCGCCAACGGGGUGCUGGUGACCACCCCCGGCACCCCCGUGAGCCACCUGGCCGCGCCCGGCGCGCCGUCCCUGCCAGCGGCAGCAGUAGCACCUUCUCCCCCCGGCGCGACACCCUCAGGGAAGCCCUCGGACGCCCCCGCGGCCCCGGAGUCGGCGGCGGACUCGGGAGUGGAAGAGGUGGACACCAGGAGCUCCAGCGACCACCACCUGGAGACCACGAGCACCAUCUCCACGGUCUCCAGCAUGUCCACGCUGUCCUCGGAGAGCGGCGAGCCCACUGACACCUACACGUCCUUCGCCGACGGCCAAACUUUUCUACUCGAGAAGCCACCAGUGCCUCCAAAGCCCAAACUCAAGUCCCAGCUCAGCAAGGGGCCGGUUACUUUCAGGGACCCACUUUUGAAGCAGUCUUCGGACAGCGAGCUCAUCUCCCAGCACCACGCGGCCACGCUGGCGGCCACCAGCGCGGCCCGGCCACGCUACCUCUUUCAGAGAAGGUCCAAGCUAUGGGGCGACCCCAUGGAGAGCAGGCCCGGCCACGGGGCCGAAGAGGACAAACCAACUGUGAUCAGCGAGCUGAGCUCCCGCCUCCAGCAGCUCAACAAGGACACGCGCUCCUUGGGCGAGGAACCGGCCGGCUCCGCCCUGGAUCCCGGCAAGAAGUCGCCGGUGGUGGCCGCACGACUUUUCAGUAGUUUAGGAGAACUCAGCACCAUUUCCCAGCGCAGCUCCGGCACCACCUUCACCGUGCGGCCCGGCAGCCGCUACCCCGUCACCCGCCGCACGCCCAGCCCCGUCAAACCCGCGGCGCUGGAGCGGCCCGAGCCCCUCAGCACCGUCCGGCCCUACGGCCUGACGCCCCCCACCAUCCUCAAAUCCUCCAGCCUGUCCAUCCCCCACGAGCCCAAGGAAGUUCGCUUCGUGGUCCGGAGCGUCAGCGCCCGCAGCCGCCCCCCCCCCCCCCCCCCCCCCCCCCCCCCCCCCCCCCCCCCCCCCCCCCCCCUGCACCCGCCGCGGCCCUUCAUGCAGAAGCCGCUGCACCUGUGGAACAAGUACGACGUGGGGGACUGGCUGGAGAGCAUCAACCUGGUGGAGCACCGGGAUAAGUUCGAGGACCACGAGAUCGAGGGCACGCACCUGCCCGCCCUGACCAAGGAGGACUUCGUGGAGUUGGGGGUGACCCGCGUGGGGCACCGCAUGAACAUCGAGCGGGCGCUCAAGCAGCUGGUGGACAGCUGACCGCGUCCGGAGCCGCCGUGGGAAGGGCGGGGCGUUAUUCCCAAGCCAAGAAAACCCACUCGGAUUCUCCUUCUCCUUCUCCGAGCACUGCACUGAGGGUGUGGAGCCUCCCUCCCUCCCCGACCCC